AUGCUGGAUAAAUUACCUGAUGAAUUAUUUUCAAGGGUAAGCGAGUUUUUAACUCAACGGGAUAAGAUCUCACUCUCGUAUGUUUCCAAAGCCGUCUACGACAAGAUCCUUUCUUCAAUUUAUCAAAAUUUAUAUUUAAAUGAAAGACCAUACUACCCGACUGAUUUAGACCCACUUCUUGGUUCUUCGAAAUGGUCUUAUUUAGCAUACUCUUUAGAUCGAGAUUUGAAAACAAAAAAUCUUCUAUGCAUGGAAAAAUUCAAGAUUCUAAUAGAAUCAUUAGAUAAUAAUAAAAUAAAACUGGCUCCUCUAAUUCGAAAUAUUCAUUGUAAUUGGAAUUUAGAUGAUACUUUAAUGAAACAGUUUAUUAAUUUACUAAUACUAUAUUGUAACAAUUUACAAAGUUUUGAUAAUUAUAUUAAAGAUUACAUCACUUAUUCACUUAUAGAAAAAAAAACAACCUUAAAGACAUUAACAUUAACCCCACCAUCAAAAUUACCUGAUGUUAGCAUGGCCACUGAACAAUACUAUAAUAAGUUAUAUAAAAUGAUAGAACCAUUGGAUUGGAAUAGAAUAGAAACGUUGACUAUUCAUGUAAAUGCAUGCACUUUCUUCGAGAAAAGAGAUAAACCAUUGAAAAUAAAAUCUUUAUGUUUAAAUUUGAGACCUGAUACACAUAACACACAACCUAUAGAUUUUAUCAAUCCCACUCAUUACUAUGAUAUAUUCGAUAUUGAUGCAUUAGAAGAACUAGAAAUUUUAUCAUGGUACAAUAAUAACGACUCGGAUUUAGAUUUAUAUGAAAUGUGGCAAUUAAAUGACUUUCUGAGAUUUAAAAACAUUAAAGAAUUAAUUUUAUCUUCCCUAUUCGCUAAGGAACCAUUCAUAACGAAGUGCAUAAAAAAUUUUAAUAACUUAGAAACACUAAAAUUAGAUUAUAUGUUCGAUGCUCCAAUGUCGAAAACGUUUUUGGAUACCAUGGGCAUGUCAGCAUGCAAAGAUAAAAUUAAAUACAUUGAUAUAAAAUUUGAACCAUUGGAUACUGCAUUAUUAUUUAUCGAACAAGAUGAGAUAUCAGAAUUUAAAAUCAAUGUCGUCUGUAAAUGUGAUGAUUGUAAUGAAACUUUACACAACGUCAUUUUAAAGAAAUAUUUUCCUUCUCAAGACUCCUUUACCAUUAGUGAUUUUAGUGAUGUUGAAGAUAAAAACUUUUUACUUCAAAUGUUUAAACUAUAUCCUAUCAUUCCAUAUUGUCAUAUACUUGGAGAAUAUCCUCCAAUUGCAUUUAACGCAGCAUCAUUAUCUGAGCAUGCCAAGAAGGUUAAUUCAUUAUUGAAAUAUAAUCCAAGUGAUAAUACCUCAAUCAGUGAAGAGGACAUUAUUAAGUUAUAUCAUGCACACACGCAUUCAUUGAAGAAAACAUUCGACUAUUUUCUUCAAAAAUUCAGUAACUUACAAUAUUUAGUAUUAAAUGAUAUGCCUACAAAAAUCAUUCGGGUUGAUGAGCAUCAAAGAUGUAAUGUUCCAAUUUUCCAUCAUUUCAAUUAUAAGAGUAAUCAAAUAUAUGAGUUAGUUAAUGCCGAAUCACUAUUUAGCUAA